CUUCGCCUAGUGCAGUGAACGAACUAACCGCGGACCCAAGGAGCGUCGGGCGCGCCGCUAAAUGCCAUUAGUCAAUAUCGUCUGAAAACUCUACGUUCAGCACCCCGAGAGCCCGUUGAAUGAGACGUAAACCGCGAAGAGGUCCCUUACAUUAAGUUUGGCCGCCGAAAAUGAAAACUGCGAAUAGUGAGUAGUACCGGUAAAAAUCGGGUCUAAAAGUCUGGAAAUAUUAUGUUGAGGAUACCAUCGCGUAUUUCCCAGCGCCGGAUCUAAUAUGGGCAAAGGCAAUGGAAUACAGACAUGGCUUUUUCAUUUAAAAAUAUUAUUGUUCCUAACGCAACCCUACGUAGAAGCAGCGGUGAUGGCACCACCGUGGGCCAAUCCCAAACUAAACCCCUGUGCGUCUCAACCCAGAGGAUGGCAACUUCUGUUUUGGCCGCCAGACGGAAAGUGCUACAAAAUUUUUCAGUUGGGUCAUCCGUGUCCGGAUGGAAUGGAACUAAGCCCUUCUACCAUCAAAUCAGACGAAAGUUUAUCAGCCGAAUGUCGUUGUCCACCUGAAACGGCACAGUCCGCCACAGACGGAAAAUGCUACAAAUUGUUCACUUUAGGACCCUGUGAAGUUGGAUACUAUUUUGGACCAGACACGCAAUAUAAAAGUGCGAAUUCUAAACGUCAGUGGGGUGUCUGCAAACAAAUGAAACUCUGUGCCAACCGCUCUUUGCUCUACUGGCCAAAAGAUGAUCAGUGUUACCAGAAAUUCAGUCGUGGACCUUGCGCUAAAGGGCAACUUCUUACCAUGGACUUAGACAGUGGGAUACCUACAUGUAGAUGUAGUCACCACAAAGAACUUAAGGACUACAGAUAUGAAGAUGGACACUGUUACCAGCACUUCACAAGGGGUCCUUGUUGGGAAAAGGGCCAUUUGUUUCUACCUGAUAAGUCAUGUGGGUGCCAUAGUUUUUUACCUCAUUUUCACGAAGACAGUGAACAAUGUUUCGAAUUAGAUACAAUUGGUCCCUGCGGUCAAGGCCAGAUCUACCAGCUCCACCCGGAGACGAGACACGCGUUUUGCCAAUGCAAACCGGGCUACAUCCAAUACAAAAACAUGUCCUCCUGCUACAGACCGUACACCCAAGGCCCCUGUCCCGCCAAACAUAUACUCGAAGACAGUACUUCCUGCAUACCUCAACCGUGCGAAAGAGGACACCUGUACUUCCCCGAACGGAAACAGUGUUACCGCAUCGGUACAAGAGGGCCGUGCGAGAAAAAUUUCGUGGUGAUGUUCGAUUUUAAAACGAGACCUUCCAUAGACGGCAUAAGUUACAACGGUCUGUGCACGUGCGAAACAAGAGAUUGUAGUCCGCAAAUAGUCAGCUCAACUAAAUGUGAUAAAAGUAAAGGGUUAGUGAAAUAUAACGAAGAGUGCCAUAAGAUGUACACGCAAGGUCCUUGCCCGAGGGGUUCCUGGUUGGUGCCCAGGAGGCAGGGCAGGCUGGAACUUUUUACCGACGGCAACGGCGAACUGUCGGGGUAUUGCGAGUGUAUCCCCGGCUAUAAAAGGACUGUACGGGCGACGGAAUCCAAGAACGCAACGAUGUGUGUAUCCCCGGAAGUGAUAUUAGCGGAUUAUUUAAAUGGAAAUUUGACGAGUGCUCAAGUUGUUAAGAUUAAAUGAGAAUUAAAGGGUUUUGUUUGAAUGUGAGACGUUUUAAAUAUUUAAGAAAAAAUCCAAGUACAAAUUAUUUUCCUAUGAAUCUCCAAUCUUAUAACGUAAUGUGUUAAAUUUUUAAAGCCUAUAUAAUAA